UUUUCUUUUUCAAUCAUCUUUUGCAUUUAUCUAGAAAGAGGCUAAUGGAGGGGUGCCUCAUGGCUUUUAUUAUAUAUUCUUUGCUUUGCUUUCUUUGUUGAACCAUCAGCAGGCAUGCUGGUUCUCUUUUAAGUCUUUUAACCAUUGGCUCUGAUUCAAGUCAGACACAAGGGUGGGAGUGAGUGCAAUUCUGGCCUCAAAGCAGUGGGAAUGGCACUGUUGGACUUGGUUUCUCUUCUGAUGUCAAACAUGACAUGUAACAAAAACAAACCAAGUUGUAGUUGGUGGUGAAUAGCUGAAUCAUUCAAAACCGGCUCCUUACUUGCCUCCUCCUUAAAACUUGAUCCAGUUUUGCUGUGGUAAUAAGUUUCUAGUGAUCCUUUGAAAUGGAGAGAAGAGGGGAUGUGACUCUCUUUUGUUUAGCUUUGUUCUUCUUGUGGACUUCAGUGGCUGGUUUGCUUUCUCCUAAAGGUGUCAACUAUGAAGUUCAAGCUCUGAUGAGCAUUAAGAAUUCACUGGUGGAUCCUCAUUCUGUCUUGAAUAAUUGGGAUUCUGAUGCUGUGGAUCCUUGCAACUGGGCUAUGGUCACUUGUUCCCCUGAUCAUUUUGUGAUUUCCCUGGGGAUUCCAAGCCAAAGAAUAUCUGGCACACUCUCAUCAAGCAUAGGCAACUUAACAAACCUCCAGACUGUGCUCCUGCAGGAUAAUAAUAUAACAGGACCAAUUCCCUCUGAGAUUGGAAGGCUUCAAAAGCUUCAAACUCUUGAUCUUUCUGACAAUUUCUUCAUUAGUCAACUUCCAGAUUCUCUUUCCCACAUGAAGGGUCUCAAUUAUUUGCGGCUAAACAAUAACAGUCUCACUGGACCAAUUCCUUCCUCUUUGGCUAACAUGACUCAGCUUGCCUUUCUGGAUAUCUCUUAUAAUAACUUGAGUGGACCUGUACCAAGAUUAAAUGCAAAAACAUUCAAUAUUGUAGGCAACCCUCAGAUAUGUGCCCCUGGAGCUGAGCAGAACUGCUUCAGAACAACAUUAAUUCCAUCUACUCCGAAUAACUCUCAAGAUGCACAAUCCACCAAAAGACCAAAGAGUCACAAAGUUGCUUUGGCGUUUGCUUCAAGCUUAAGCUGCAUAUGCCUACUAAUUCUGGGACUUGGCUUCCUCAUCUGGUGGAGACAAAGAUAUAACAAGCAAAUAUUCUUUGAUGUCAAUGAACAACACCGUGAAGAGGUUUGCCUUGGAAACCUCAAGAAGUUUCACUUCAGAGAACUUCAGCUUGCUACAAACAACUUCAGCAGCAAGAACUUGGUUGGGAAAGGUGGUUUUGGAAAUGUCUACAAAGGGUAUCUCCAAGAUGGUUCUGUUAUAGCAGUUAAGAGGCUUAAAGAUGGUAAUGCCAUUGGAGGUGAGAUCCAAUUCCAGACUGAAGUUGAGAUGAUCAGCUUAGCCGUCCAUCGGAAUCUUCUUCGCCUGUAUGGAUUCUGCAUGACAGCUACAGAGAGGCUCUUGGUUUAUCCUUACAUGUCAAAUGGAAGUGUUGCUACUCGUCUUAAAGUCAAACCAGCUUUGGACUGGCCUACUAGGAAGAGAAUAGCUUUAGGAGCUGGAAGAGGGUUGCUAUAUUUGCAUGAGCAGUGUGAUCCAAAGAUUAUUCACAGGGAUGUGAAGGCCGCAAAUAUCUUGCUUGAUGAUGACUGUGAGGCUGUGGUAGGAGAUUUUGGGUUGGCAAAGCUGUUAGACCACAGGGAUUCACAUGUGACAACAGCAGUGAGAGGCACUGUGGGACACAUUGCCCCUGAGUAUCUCUCUACAGGCCAAUCUUCUGAGAAAACAGAUGUGUUUGGGUUUGGAAUUCUUCUUCUUGAACUGAUAUCUGGCCAAAGAGCUCUUGAGUUUGGGAAAGCAGCAAACCAGAAAGGAGUCAUGCUAGACUGGGUGAAGAAAAUCCACCAAGAGAAGAAAAUAGACUUGUUAGUUGACAAGGACCUGAAAAACAACUAUGAUAGGAUUGAGCUUGAUGAAAUAGUCCAAGUGGCUCUUCUAUGUACUCAGUACCUUCCAAGCCACAGACCCAAGAUGUCUGAAGUGGUUAGGAUGCUUGAAGGAGAUGGGCUUGCAGAGAAAUGGGAAGCCUCACAGAGAGCUGAAUCAACAAGAAGUAGAGGAAAUGAACUCUCCUCAUCAGAGCGCUACUCUGAUCUCACAGAUGACUCUUCAUUGCUUGCCCAAGCAAUGGAACUUUCUGGACCAAGAUGAUUCAAAAAAGUCACUGUGACAUUGUGAAGAGUGUAAGAAAGUGAAAGUUUCUUCUAGUGCAAGUGAAUUUGAUGUAACAUUAGCAUCAUAGUAGCAUAUCUCAAAGAGUGAUGCUAGUUUCUGACUGUACAGAAUCUGAUUGGAGACAUUGACGUAUAGAUUGAGUGUUUAUGUGUUUUUCUUAAUAGUUGGAGCGAAGAUUUUUGUGGAAAAUUAAUGUCCUUCUGGCUCCUUCAACUUGUUAGAAGAAUAACGUUCAUAUAAAUAGAUUGUACUUAAACUGUCAAUAAUAUAGUAUUUUGAGACUUGAGAGAUUUCA